AAAUUUCUAUAUGCUAUGCUUUUGAGAGAAAGAAAACUGAUCUUUGUCACUAAUGGUUCAAAGAGGAUAGAGGAGACAAUUUUCAGCCAUGGGACAGCAGUGGAAAUAAAUCCCAACGAAAACAAUCUAUUGUAUGCUUGGUUCCCAGCAAUUUAUCUUGGUGAACUAGGGGUUAACUCUUUCUUGCUUCAAUAUAAGAGCACAAACAACUGUGAUGUUAAAGUGGUAGUAAAUGGCCACCAGAUUCGGCCUCAGCCUCCGAAGUCAGGCAAAAGAGAUUUUAACUUGAUGGAAAUGGUGGAUGCAUUCUAUGAUAUGGGUUGGUGGGUCGGAGAGAUUACACAAAUUCUUACAGAAGAAAAGUAUAUGGUCCGUUUAAAAUUCACAAAGCAGGUAAAGGAAUGCAGUCCUUCAGAAUUGAGGCCUCAUGUGGAAUGGACGGAGAGAGGAUGGAUUACAAAGACCAAUGGAACAUGGGUUGAUUGCUCUAAGGAUGCUCACUUUAGUGUGGAUUAUGAAGUACAAUCAAAGCGUGCAUGCGAGAGUUUCAGAAGCUCCGAGGUAGCUACAGCACUUGAAAGUUCAGGUGCUACCAAGGAUAAUAAUGAAGUAAAAACAGCUUGUUCAAGGAUUUCAUGGAAGAAUCAGUUGGAGCACUUGAGUCCUUGCAUUGAUAAAUCACCUUAUGGAAAGACCAAAAAGAAACUAAAAAUUAAUCAGAAACCUAAUGAUGAUGCAACAAUUUUACGUCCUUCCAAGAAGUUAACAUGGGGACAUCCAGAAGACUCCUUAUCUUUUACACCAUCAUUUUCAAGGAGAACGCCAGUUAAAACAUUGAAAAAAGAAGCUCCAGUUAGAAAGGGUGCGAAGACUAAGCAACAACAGGUUGGAGAACUGGACAAUCAAGAAAUCAUUUCUUAUAAACAAAAAGGAAAACCACGAAAUUCUCAAGGUGAUAUCCCUUGGCCAAGAGUGAGACAUGAGGGGAGGGGCAGGCCACUGAAAUUGCCUGUCAAGAAGGGCAGUGAAAUUGAAAAUGCUGAUGAAGAAGAUGUUGAAGAUGAGUAUGGACUGGACAACAUUGAAUCUUCUGGUAUAAGGUCAGAUUCUGAGCUAACAGGGGGAUCUCAUGCUGGAACAUCAUGUCUGCUCCCUGUAGAGGAGGUUGAAUGGAAUGAAAAUGGGGUGAGCAAUGAAAUAAAAGGGAAGGGAAAACUGCCUGAAUAUCUUGUUGAACACCCAAAAGAUCCAGCAACAGAUCAUGCGAAUGAUAUAUUUGAAUUGCCUGUAAUAACAAUGUGGGAUUUGACAGGUGAGAAGCACAACGGAACUGGAGUUGUUGCUCAAGUUGAAUCGACUAAGACUCAAGUUGUCAAUGAUAAUGGUAUGGUACAUCAGAACCUGGAAAAACCUUUAGUUUAUGUAAAAAGAAUUACAGGAACUC